AUCUCCCAGGCAGCAUGUUGUCAUUCUUGGGGAACACAUUGUGCUGUGUACUGAGGGAAAACUUUAUUUUCGCUAUGCCUCGGGUCGUACCCGACCAACGGGCCACUUUUGAAAACGAUGAAUUGUUUAGAAAAUUAAGAAGAGAAAGCGAGGUAUGAUUAGUAUUUUUAUUUUACACCGGUAGAUAAUUAUUUUCUCUCUCCUUUUUUUUAAUAUAAAAAAGAAGAAGCGCCGUGUGGAAUUUCCAAGGGAGUGUUCUAGUUUUUAGUAGAUAUAUUGGAUUAAUUCAGUGAAAUUGAUUUUUGUUCGAAUAUGCCGGCUGUUUAUUCUUCACGGAUGUGGAUGCUCAUUCAUACUUUGGAUUUAUUAAAUUAGUUUAUUUUUCUAGCUUCAUGUGUUACCUUUUUUUCCUAAGUUUUUAUUUCCUCUUUUAGAUAAUGUACACAACGUAUCGCAGUAGACCCAUUGAGGAACAACGGUUAAGAUUUCAGGCGGACUGUAGUGAAGGACACGCUGAUUUGGUAAGUUGGACACUCACAUAUUUUGUUACUUUUAUUUGGUCACUCAUUAGUAAUCAUGUUAUUAUUUGUUAACUGCAUAAUUUUAUGCGCCUUAACAAAUAUGUAGUUUGGAGAGAAAAAAAAAUCGCGUCUUCAAAAUUGGAUAUAAAAAUACUCUGUGGCUAUUAAUGGCAGCUGAUCUUCUUGAAAUAAAAUUAAGCAAACGAUAUGCAAAGUCUCUCCUCGUUGAACUAAAAUUUGACAAGGUGACUCUUGGUUUGGGAGUCUAAGACGUCGCCUACAUGAAACCAGGGGAAAUUUAAACUGCACGGGAUAUUACUGGGCUACCAAGCUUAGCUAGACGCAGAGCGAAAUCUAAAGUUGGACGGCAAUGUAGAGAAAUCUUGAAAAAGUUUUCAUGACAACAGUAAGCAUGACCUCAACUCUUAAAAAGCAGACAGAGAUGCAAACACUACGGGUACACAUACCACAUGCGGACAUGCUCCACGGGGACACAUAUCACACGUGGUCCAAAACCACACGUGGACGCAUACCACAUGCGGAAACAUACCAGGAAGUAAAGUCCAUAGCAACUAAAAAAGUAAUAUUUCAAAAAUUAAAUAAACAAAUAUAUACAAAAUUCUCGAAAUGAAAUGUAAAGAAAAUUAAAAUCUUGGAAGAGUUUUAAAAAAAAAUGUUUGUCGUAUUCGCACUUUACCGGCUUUAGACGGAACAUCUUCUUGGACUUGCUACGUUUUGUCUCUAAAUAUAUUUGCUUCAUAACACUGUUCAAAAAUGAGAGAUGUCCCAUGCUAAGCCCGAAAUGGUGGCGGUAUACAUUCUACGCAUAACCAAUAACUUAUUUUUGGACAACUUCCUUUUCUUUUUCAAACACUAGCAUCAAGUAUUUAACACAAAUAGCCCUGUCACACAACUGGCUAAGGUAGGUGCAACAUUUAGAUAGACAGUAAAUUCCUUUCCACCAGCCCUUCUCUUUUCAAAAUUUUGAAAUUUAAGGAUUGGUGAGGUAACGAUACAUAUUUUUUUUUAUCAGGCUGUUAGCGCCACCCAUAUCUGCGCAUGGACGGUUAUUUUGGUGAGAGGGAAUUAGGCUUCAGUAAAACAAAAAAAAACAAAAAAAAAAACAAAAACAAAAACGAAAAUCCGAUUAUUGAAAUUAAUGUUUUAAAGUUGUAAAAAAAAAAAAAAAAAAAAAUUAAUUGUUAACCAAUGGGAUGACGUCAUGUUUAAAACAUGUUUUAAUUUUUAAAGAGUUGAAGAAAAUAUUUAAUUUUUGUCGUGACCAAUAUUCCUAAAAGAAUAUAGGCUACGGAACAAUUCAUAAGCAAAUAUAGGCCUAUCAAUUUAAACAGCCAAAAAAAUGUUAUUUUAUAUCUUUUUAAAAAAUGACUUAAAAUACCAUUCUUAUUAGACCCAAUUGUGAUUAACUUAAAAACAAAAAUCUUUUUUUUUAAAAGUUUGAAAACUAAUAUUCUCAUUUUAAGACUCCCGAAGGAGCAAAAUGAUUUGAAUGGAGUUUAUUUCAUUUCGUUAAUUCGUUGUUGACUUUUUGUCAUGUGAAUUAAAAAAAAUAUAUUUUUUUUAAAAUCUUAAAUUUCACUUUUUAUUCUUUGAUCAACUUAAACAAAAUUCCUCUCUAAAUAUUCAAUAAAGUUCCCUUACAAUGAAAAGAAAUAGAGAUGAUCAGCCAUUUAAACUUGUAGAGUAAAACUAAUCAUUUCCAUUUUCAUUUAAUCAAUUUUAGGGUAAAACAUUAUAUAUGUAAAUUGAUAUAUAUAAAACAUAUAUAUAUAUAUAUGUAAAGGCAAACGUUUUCAGUUAUUUCAUAUCAUUAAAAAAAAAGGAUUUACAUUUUGCAAUACAUAAAAUUGUUAUAAAAUAUUAAUUUCCUCUAAAGAUUAUGAAUAACUCCUGUAAAACUUAACACGAAAUUUAUUAGUUGGUUAUAGCCCCUUUUAUUUCCCCACUUUUUUUCCUCUCCUUUUUUUUUUCCUUCUCCGGCUUGCUUGUGUGAAAAUUUUUAAGAAAUUGCCAGGAGGGUUUCCUAAAAGGGUUUAUUCGCCUCACGCGCAUGCCCAGUGCUUUUAGUUUUAAAAUGGAAUUACUAAGGUAUAUAAAUAUGUGUAUGUAUAUGUUAAAAUAUUUGAAAGUAGAGGUACAUAAUCUUGUCAACCAAAUAAUCUGAAAAUUCAAUAUGGCGCUCCAUCCAUCCACCAACGUUUCGUUGAAUUGGCCUUCAUUUGCCCUUCAUUUGCCCUUCUUUUAGGCAUGGCUCACUAGUUGUCAAUGCGCUAUGGGUAACGAAUGUGUUCAUUUGGUGCGCAUCAUGGUGGGAAAUAGCAAAUGAGAGCGCAUCGCGGUGCGCAGUGAGAGCGGAGGCGGACAAGAUCCACUCGACAGUUAUAAGAUAACAUCAUUAAUAAUUAAUAUCCACUUACCCAAAAAAAUAUAUGAUGUAAGAAGUUUUGAAUCGCUAAUUUUCUACACGAUAUGUGAACUGUCUAGAAUUCGUGAUUUUAUUUAAUUAGUCUAGAAUCCAUGGUCGUAUUUUGUCUAGAAUCUAUAUUCGGAGUAAUUCUUUUUUCCACGGCCGUAUUUAGUUGGGAAUCCAUGGUUGUAGAAUUCAUGGUCGUGUUUAGUCUAGAAUCUAUUGUUGUGUUUCAACUAGUUCCAUGGCAGUGUUAGAUUAGAAUCUAUGGUCGUAUUUAGUCCAGAAUACAUGGUCGAAUUUAUUCCAGAAUACAUGGUCGAAUUUAGUCCAUAAUACAUGGUCAAAUUUAGUCCAGAAUACAUGGUCGUAUUUAGUCUAGAAUCUAUGGUCAUAUUUAAUCCAAAUCCAUGUUCGUAUUUAGUCUGAAUUCAUGAUCGUAUUUAGUCUAGACUCUAUGGUCGGAUAACUCUUUUUCCAUAGUCGUAUUUAGUCUUUUUCCACGGUCACAUUUAGUCUAGAACCCAUAGUCAUAUUUUAGUCUAGAAUUCAUGGUCCUAAUUACUCUAGAAUCCAUGGUCGUAUAAAUAUGACAGGUUGAAAUCUAGUCAAAAUUUAGACUUUAAAUUCACACACAAUAUAAAGCAUAACCUCCCCAUUAUAUACACAAAUGAUAUUCCUAUUUACAAUAUGACGUUGAAUCAAAUUAAACAAUGACAAUAAAUAUUUGCUCAAGUUAAUUAGACUCAUUAUGUGCGUGUAACAUAUGAUCAACCCUUCCAUUCUUGUCCAGCAAUUGUGUUAUUGGCUUUGACCUUUGAGUUGAUUGGGAAAGAUUUCAUUGGACGGUUCGUCACGUGGUCAUUAGUCUGCCCAAGGCACAUUUUUAUUUUUUUGAAGGCGGGUGACACAUCCACGACGCACCCAGUACCGGAAGUACUCGGUCUAGAACUUACCCAAAAGAAUGUCUUGCAGUAAAUUUUUUUUUUAAAGCUGUGUAAAUCACGAAGGGCAAAUAUCUAUGGUAUAUGAAAAAAUAUCUAUUGUAUAUGAUACAAUAUCUAUGGCAUAUGAUACAAUAUCUAUGGCAUAUGAUACAAUAUCUAUGGCAUAUGAUACAAUACUUAUGUUAAUUAAGGAAGCGACAACUAGCACACGAUGAACCAUGUUUUCGGGGUCAAGGUUUGGCUUUCUUGUUGGCAAAAUAACGCAUACAAAUCAUAUUGUGUUAGUAAAUGAACACAAGCUGUGUUUGAAAUCCCAGCUGAUAUUUUUCUUCUGUCCAGAACAAUUUGGAUGUGGGGGGUAGGUGGGGGGUCCCUCGAAUCUUUAACUUUUUACUGCCAUUUAAAACUAUUGUAAAAUUCUAUGCAUUUCUCAAGAUUUCAAAUUUUCAUUAUUAGUUGAAGAGAAAUUUCCAAUAAAUCAAAGUUUAGUCAUACGAUUUUUAUUUCUUUUCCUCUUAGGAAUACAUUGUGUAAUUAUUUAACAAAACAAACGAGUUUUAAAAAGUGUACAAGAUUCAUAAAACCUGAAAGUGUUAUUGAGAAAAACGACACUUGUAAAAUCACUAUUUUGUAAAUGAGUCGUAUUACGUGCAAUAUUAGAAAUCAGUCCGAAGAAUUAUUCAAUGAAAGAACAUUUUUAAAUUCCUUUCACGAAGGAAUAAAAAGUUUUAAAAAGUUGAGUGGUUGAACAAAAUAGAAUCCGUCUAAAGCAGGCCCGCACAACAUACUGUACGCGGGCCACAUGCGGCCGGCCAGCACCCACCCUGCGGCCCGCGAUGUAAGGAAAUAUUCUUUCUUUUAGCAUUAUUUUCUAAAUAGCUUCCCCCUUCUCCUAGUUUAGUCAUACGAUGUGCAUGCUGUGGGUUGUCGUGGGACAAAGACGAACACAAACUGUUUAUGAGGACGGUAUAAAGACGAACAUAAACUGUUUAUGAGGACGGUAUGAAGACGAACAUAAACUGUUAAUGAAGACGGCAUAAAGACGAACACAGACUGUUUAUGAGGACGGUAUAAAGACGAACAUAAACUGUUUAUGAGGACGGUAAAAAGACGAACACAAACUGUUUAUGAGGACAGUAUAAAGACGAACACAAACUGUUUAUGAGGACGGUAUAAAAACUAACACAAACUGUUUAUGAGGACGGUAUAAAAACUAACAUAAACUGUUUAUGAGGACAGAGGAGUUAGAUUUCAUUACAAACACAUUAGAAUAAUCAAAUUAAAAAAUUCCGGUUAGAUUCUACUCAUUAGAACAUAUCCCCUAGGAACAAACCCAUUAUAAACUGCAUUCUAAAAAUUAUAAACUCCCCACCUAAAUGUACAUUUUAGAAACUACCCACCUAAAUCUACAUAUUAGAACCUACCCACCUAAAUCUACACAUUAGAAACUACCCACCUAAAUCUACACAUUAGAAACUACCCACCUAAAUCUACACAUUAGAAACUACACACCUAAAUCUACAUAUUAGAACCUACCCACCUAAAUCUACACAUUAGAAACUACCCACCUAAAUCUACACAUUAGAAACUACCCACCUAAAUCUACACAUUAGAAACUACCCACCUAAAUCUACACAUUAGAAACUACCCACCUAAAUCUACACAUUAGAAACUACCCACCUAAAUCUACACAUUAGAAACUACCCACCUAAAUCUACACAUUAGAAACUACCCACCUAAAUCUACACAUUAGAAACUACCCACCUAAAUCUAUAUAUUAGAAACUACCCAACUAAAUCUACACAUUAGAACCUACACACAUUAGAACAGAGGUCGGCGAACUGUUUUAGCCAUUACCCCAAAAUAUAUUUGUUUAUGCCGACGUAACCCCACCCCCUCCCCUCCCCCCAUAGCAAAGAAGAAAAUCAUUGUCAUGGACUACGGUACUUAAAUAAAAAAUUAGUUUAUUGAAUUUAUUUAUAGGGAGAAUACAAUCAUAACAUUAUUUUUACAAGUACAAAACAAAUUCUUUAAAAUAAAUUCGUUAAAAUAAAUGAAUCAAAUCCUCAUAUUGGAAAAAGAAAAUGAUGUCUUUGAAAGGUGUUGACCUCAAAUUUUGUAGAAAUGGUGUGUCCGUUUCAACAAUGACAUUUAUUUCGCAAACACCUUCUGGGAUGAUUGUCUACCAUAUUUUCCAUUUAAUGCAUAUUAGCUUUGUUGCUCAAGGUUGAAAUGGCUAGAAAGACUUUGCCAUUGUAUGCUUGUAAUUAGUUUUUGUAGUGUUGCGUUUGUUUUAAAUGUGGUAAAUUAUAGAUUUGUUUUUUGUUGACUUUGUACCGCGCUUCGAGCCUUUGGGGAUGAAGCGUGUUUUUGAAAUGAAGUUUUUAUUUUAUUUUAAUAUAUAUAGUUUUUUUAAUUUUUAUUUAUAUUUUGUUUUUGAUUUUGUUGUUUUUUGUUUGGGGGGGGGGGAGCGGGUUGAUUGACAUUGAAAUAAAAAUGAUCAAAUAUAUAUAUAUAUAUAUAAGUAUAUUAUUUAGUUAAAUUACCUGUUGACCCUUUGGAGAUUUUUAUGACACGUUGUAUAUGUUUCUGACCCUUUAUAUAUGUUUCAGACUUAUUAGAUAUUUUUUCUGACUCGCUAGAUAUUUUUCAAAUUCGGUAGAUAUUUCUCUGACGCGCUGGAUAUAUUUCUGACCCGCCAGAUAUGUUUCUCACCCGCUGGAAAUAUUUCUGAAGGCAAGACGUCAACGCCGGAACAUGAACAUAAAUUACCUUCAGUAUAACUGUAUCUUUUGGAAAAAUUACUAAUCCUACUUUAGUCACUGAUGUUUGUUGAUUUGCUAGUGCAAACUCACGGACAGCGGAGAGGAUGCUCAGACACGUUAAAGCUGCAGAAAAGCAAAAACAAUUUCAGCUAUGGUAAACGAUAAAAAUGAAAUAACAGUCAUUUGUGAAUUACAAACUAUAUAAAGUGUUUCAGGCCUUCCUCACCUCCACCACCCCCACCCCUUCCCACUCAAACAUUGACAUUUUAUGCGUGUAAUUAGUUUUUGUAGUGUUGCGUUUGUUUUAAAUGUGGUAAAUUAUAGAUUUGUUUUUUGUUGACUUUGUACCGCGCUUCGAGCCUUUGGGGAUGAAGCGUGUUUUUGAAAUGAACUUUAUUAUUAUUAUUAUUAUUAAAUUUUGGGGCUUUCUUAAAAUUUUAAAUUCAGAGAAAUUUGGAUCCUGUCUUUGGGGAUAAAUGAUAGAUUUAUGUGUGUUUUUAAUGUUCAUUUGAGUGAAAAAUCCUUGUUCGCAAAGGUCAAAGGUUGUCGUAUAAGGCAUGACAUUUUUUGACUCGUGAGCAAAACCUUUGCAUCUCUUGAGCUCUAGUCAGAGAAUAAUCAGGUGCGCCUCCGGGGGUGCGCACCGCAACCUGGGAACCCUCCCAGUGGUUAUAAGUCCUUUACAAGGUGUUGACACCCUCACAGAGGGUAAGCACCCUCACAGGGGGUAGACUAUUGACAGUCUAGUCACAAGACUGACCACCAAGACUAUUGGCUGUCUAGUCACAAAACUGACCACCAAGACUAUUGACAGUCUAGUCACAAGACUGACCACCAAGACUUUUGACAGUCUAGUCACAAGACUGACCACCAAGACUUUUGACAGUCUAGUCACAAGACUGACCACCAAGACUAUUGACAGUCUAGUCACAAGACUGACCACCAAGACAACUGACAGUGUAGUCACAAGUCUGGCCACCAAGGUUACACUGACAGAUUUUCUUUCUCUCCUCCCAGGCAUUCGUGAGCACAGGCACAAAUCUCCAGUUAACUUUCACGGCCAACUCUUGGUCAGAACGACCGGAAGAGAGGAUACCCACCCGGGAGUUCGUCAACUUUGACAUCGAACCUGGCAAGGUAAGACCACUCUAAGCGUCAAUGACCUCAAUAGUCUUUUUGUUAGCCUUCGGUAAUUUAAAAAAAAAAAAAAGAAAACAUUCGACACACCAAAUGUGAUCCAAAAGUUGUUUGAUAAAGUUUGGAUGACCACAUUUAAAUAUUGAAGCUCUUGAUAACGGAAUAACCUCCAACUAUCUAUGUCCCUGUAGAGAUAAGGGGCUGACAACUAUGGAUGUCCCUGUAGAGAUGAGGGGCUGGCCACUAUGGAUGUCCCUGUAGAGAUAAGGGGCUGGCAACUAUGGAUGUCCCUGUAGAGAUAAGGGGCUGGCAACUAUGGAUGUCCCUGUAGAGAUAAGGGGCUGGCAACUAUGGAUGUCCCUGUAGACAUCAGGGGCUGGCAACUAUGGAUGUCCCUGUAGAGAUAAGGGGCUGGCAACUAUCUAUAUCCCUGGAUGUCCCUACAUCAGGGGCUGACAACUACGGUUGUCCCUACACCAGGGGCUGGCAACUAUGGAUGUCCCUACAUCAGUGGCUGGCAACUAUGGAUGUCCCUACAUCAGUGGCUGGCAACUAUGGAUGUCCCUACAUCAGGGGCUGGCAACUAUGGAUGUCCCUACAUCAGGGGCUGGCAACUAUGGAUGUCCCUACAUCAGGGGCUGGCAACUAUGGAUGUCCCUACUACAUCAGUGGCUGGCAACUAUGGAUGUCCCUACAUCAGGGGCUGGCAACUAUGGAUGUCCCUACAUCAGGGGCUGGCAACUAUGGAUGUCCCUACAUCAGGGGCUGGCAACUAUGGAUGUCCCUAUAUCAGGGGCUGGCAUCUAUGGAUGUCCCUACAUCAGGGGCUGGCAACUAUGGAUGUCCCUACAUCAGGGGCGGACACAAGUUUUACAUGGAUGGUCAAAUUUUAAUAUGAAACGUACUCUUAUGUUCCGACCGAGUUUUGACUGGUUGUCUUUGUGGAGGGAAACAUUAGUACUGUAAAACAUCAGCACUAUACAACCAUGAGCACUGUAAAACAUUAGCACUGUAAAACAUUAGUUCUGUAAAACAUUAGCACUGCAAAGCAUUAUAACUGUAAAACAUUAGUACUGUAAAACAUCAGCACUGUAAAACAUUAGCACUGCAAAACAGAACUUUAAAAAAUUAGUACUGCAGACAUUAGCACUGUAAAACAGAGCGUUAAAAUCUAAGAAUCUAAUCAAAUAAGUGACUCUUGGACUAGGGUCAUAGGUCACAUGACAUAUUUGUUUCAUUGCCGUCCCUCAUCACACUGCAUUCUAUAGGAGGGUUUGGCCUGACUCACCCCUUCCUUCCACUCAGACGUAUCACUUAUCGGAUGCUUUUCUUUCCCAAGCCUUGAUUCCAAGCUUCUGAAGAUCUGUUUCUUUUAUCAUUUAUAGAUUGUCCAUUUCUCCCUGUCCAUUUCAUUCCAUACAUUUCUCCUUGUCCAUUUCAUUCCACACAUUUCUCCUUGUCCAUUUCAUUCCACACAUUUCUCCUUGUCUAUUUCGUUCAACACAAAUCUCAGUGUCCAUUUUCCCCCUCUCAUUUCUCCUUGUCCGUUUUGAUCCUCUCAUUAAAUGAGACAAAUUUUGUCCUUGUCCAUUUGGUUCCACACAUUUCUCCUUGGCCAUUGUCCUUUUCGUUGCACCAAAAUCUGUUCUUGUUUUGUUUGGCCUCAGAAUGCUUUCUUUUAACAAGUCACACCCUUAAAUGAAGUGCAUACUCUCUGGACCAGACAGGCCAUUUUAAGUGAAUGUAAUUACGGACGGCUGCUAAGAUCGACUUGUUAGAAACCUUUAUAAUGUAGGCUACAAAUAGUAUCUCGACUGUUUCAGCUGACACAAAUAACGAGAGAGAAGUGUUGUAAGAAGGUGAUAAGAUGGUGAAAGUGCUUGGUAGUAGCUUGGUGUCAUUAGAGCAAGGAUGUCUUUAGGGAAGUGUUGCCAGCAUUGUGGAUGUGAUUGGAAGUGUUUUAUGGCGGGGUCACACGAUCAGACAGUUCCGCGCAGCUUUCAUGCACCGUCUUAAGCCACAGUCAAAAGUAUCAUUUGUGAUGAAAUAUAUAUCCAGUAGAACCCGGUUAUGUCAACGGCCUAGGGGUUUGACAAAAAUAGUCGAGAUAACCGAUGAUCGAGAUAAACGAAAACCAAUAUGUCGACAAUAUACUAAAAUUUGUUUGAAAUUUCUUUAUGUACAUGAUGUGCGUUAGUAAAUGAGAAUGAGUUUAAUACACUAAAUAAAGCCUAAAUUUUAGGCAAUGCCUAAUUUAAUAAUCUAAGUCAAUAAUAAUUAAUAGGCUAUAGGGCCAAAUCCUAAUAUGUUUUAGGCCUAUACUAGGUCUAGGUAACUCUAUAUUACAUUUAGACUGACCGAUUAGACUGUAUCCUGUAUAUUAAUAUUAUAAAUACUUUAUUGUUGAAGUACUCAUUUUAGUCUUAGUUUUAGGACAGCUUGCUUAGGCCCAUACUUAGGCAGAUGUGGGCAGAAAUGGGUAGAUGUGGCCAGAGGGAAGAUGUGGGCCGAUACGGAGUCUUAAAAUGCCAUCAUAGAUUAGUAACUUUUUAUUUUAAAAAAGGAUGGGGUGGGUGGGCUCAUCUCUCCUUCCUUCCUACAACUACGACCACAUCAAAUAGUACGCGGUUUGGGGGCUGUCCUACCAUAAUGUGCUACUGGAGAAAGAACGGCCAAACAGUAACAACGAAAGGAGAAGGGGGCGUAAUCAUGCCUCACUCCGUUUUUUCUUUAUCCUGUGGCAUGUCAAUCAGUGCGGUCCGCACCUCCCUACUGAUACAACGCGUUACAAUCUUACGGCCUACACCUUUGCAUUCAGUAAAAUAUGUCAACGUAAUAAUACCAUAUACGUAGUACGCCGUUAUUUGGGUCACUCAAUUUAAGCAAAUUCAAUUCAUGUACUUUGAUUAUUGUGCGUGCCUACAUGUUUGCUGGGGAUAUCCGAUUAAAUACUUUGGAAAUAGUGUUGAAUCAAAACAUCUAAACUUAACCUGGAAAAGCCUGAUCUCUAACAACUUAGGCCUGCCCAUUAAAAAAAAAAAAAAUUAAUUAAAAAAACAAUAUUAUUUUUUAAAUUGGAAUAUGAAGAUUGACCGUCUCGGACCUAAAAUGCCUCCACCCUCCAGACUAGAUCGAAUCUUCCUUGAUUAAAACUACUUGACUUUGGAAAUUUUUAUAAAAGCCCCCCCCCCCCCAACACUCACACCCUUUGAUCUCUCUACACCUCCACAGCGCACCUGCCUACACAAUUUUUUAGGCUUUGAGUCAGCUGACCACAUCGGCCUACUUUUAACGUUAGGGAAUCCCCUUCUCCAUUCUUUAAAAAAAAAUGGGGUUACACACUCGUAAAAACGACCUUGAUCUGAGUGGGCGAAACUCUACGGAAUUUAAUUAUAUUCACGAGUCUUCGACCCCCGAAACGGACUUUCCGGAAGUUGAUAGAUUUACGCAACUUAUAAAAACGAAAGGAAACAGUUUCAUUUUCGUGAUGGCCAAGCAACGGAAACGAUUAAAUUACACUCCUAACAUUCAAGAUGCACACAUUUUGCAAACUACCGCGACAAACUCUGUUGCAAUAAGAGAAAAACAUUUAUGAAGAACAUAUUUCGUAAAGCACAACUUUUAGUCACAACGAAUGGAAGUUAGCGCCCGCGGAUUUCGCUCUAGAAAGCCUCAAACUUCUACUUUAAUGAAUUACUUACUCGAAGUGGCUAGUAUUACUCGGACCCUGCGAGGUUGGGAUUAAAAAAAUUGUAAAAUAAUAUUGUUGGGGUUGAAAGAUAAAAUUUUGUAUCGAAUGAAAGAUAAUUGAAUGGACUAUAUGUUUGUAAAAUUAAUUCUUCAGUUUAACUAAAAUAAACUGCCACAACAAAUGAUGUCAAAUGACAUCGAAAUAGCAUUCAGUUCAUUUAGUCAAAAUUGACAAAAUGGAUCUGGACACGCAUCGCCGCUAUUGGGACCCAGGUCCCUUUAGAGUACUUUAGACUAAAUGCUAUUCGGAUAUCAUUUGUGGUAGUUUAUUUUAGUUAAACUGAAGAAUUAAUUUUACAAACAUAGUCUAUUAUAGUCCAUUCAAUUAUCUUUCAUUUGAUACCAACUUUUGUUGUACAAACCCUACAAUAAUUUUAAAAAUAUUUUUUAAUAAACCCAACCUCUCACUUCUGAUACCGGGUCCAAAUAGCCACAGACUUAUUCAUUAAUUAAUGUCAUUAAAUUAAUGUUCAUUUGCAUAAAUAUAAAUUAUCCCAACUAAAUAGCCUUAGUUUACUUACUAUAUAUUUUUUAAUAAUUAUAUUAAGUGAUUAAUACAAAUUAAACAAGGUUAUUGCCGCAAUUUCAUUUAUUUUAAAAUAAUUCAAAAUAAUUGUAUUACUUAGUUUAUGUUUAUAUAAUAAUAAUAUAAUAUAUAUAUAUAUUAAUAUAUUAUAUAAUAUCUAAUAUAAAUAAUUAUUUCUAUAAUUACUAUAUCCUGUAGGCAUAGGCUUAUGAAUGUGUUACUAAAUAUAAAAUUGUAGGUUAUUAAUUAUUAGUAGCCAUAGUCCCAUGACCAUCAGAACCAUGGCCAUGCUAUAGUAUAGUAUAGGAUUCUCUUGAACUCAAACCAUUUUUUUCUCAUCCUAAAUUUCAAUAGAUAUUUCCUGCACCCCCACCACAAAAUUGCUAAUAAUAAAUAAAAAUGCAAAUGAACCUGAUUUUUCUGGGUAUUUCCCGACCCCUGACACUGCCUCCCACAACAUAUGGGGUUGGAACAUCCCUGGUUAAGAACCCCUGCUCUAAUCAAUGCUUCUGCAUCUAUGCAGUAUUUGUAUGCUUAUCAUUACUAUCAAAAUAGACUUGUUAAUAGUGGGAUGAUAAGGCCUUCGCAGCUCAAGCCUGCUAACAUCAGCCACUAUGCCAGAGUAGGCCUACUAAUCUUCUUAAUUUUAAAAUGAGGUAACCCAGAAAAAAGUAAGCUAUGUAUCAAUUAGAUAUAAUCCUAAAUAUCUUAAAGCACUUAAGUAUUAGAUACUUAGUACUACCUGUACACAAUGUUCCUUCUAAGGUUUGUUGGUUUGUGUGCAAAAUCAAAAAGUUGUGUGCAAAGUUUUACAGCACAUUGACACAAACACACACUUAAUGGAAAUUUGCUGCGCGGGACUCAAAACUGCUGCACGGCGUCUGUGAGAUAGCUGCGCGGCCGCGCAGCUUAAAGGGAACAUAGCCUGUACAUCAUCAAGCCAAAAUAUCUAGGCCUACAACUAUCUCAACUGUAAUAGAGUAGACUAAAUGUGUAUAGAAGUAUAAUGUAGUACUUACGAUUUAUCAAUUAUCAGUAUAAGUUUCAUAAUUACUUAUGAUGAUGGCAUUGAUGAUUUCCCAAAUUAUUAUAUUAUGUACAAUUUUAUUAGAAUAUUUUUGUUGUAGUUUAGUGCUACAGAACAGCCUACAGAAUGUAGCCUAGAGACCAUAUUAAUGAAAUCAAAUAAAGUCAAACUAUAUAUUUUUGGAUGAUUUUUACACCAACCCCCCCAAUCACAUUAUAAAAACAAUUGUCACACAAUCGAGACACUAAUAAUACAUUUUUGAAAAUCCCCCCCCCCCCCUCCCCCAACACACACACACACAAUGCAUGCCAUCAUGUUUUAGGCUAAAAAUAUUUAUUUAAAAAUUCAGACUUAAAGCUAAAUUACUUUGUCAUAUUUAUUUGUGCAAUCUGAAAUAGUUGCCUUUAACUAAUUAUGUUCUAUUUGCGUACACAAAUCAUUCAAUCAAUGUUAUCAUAUAUUUUAAGCCUUUUUAAAAAUCUGAUUAACGAAAAGUUCAGAUUCCUUAGACUGGCUGUAGAAAAAUUGAAAUUGAGGUAUUAAUUACAUUUUAGCCAUUCUUUUUUUUCUCUGAAGAUCUGAAACUUAAUAAAGCCUGGACACAAAAGCUUUAUCAAAAGUUAAGCAAUGGCUGUGCUUUUAUUGAUCAAAAUAGUUAAAAGCUGAACAUUUAAGUUAAUUUAUGUCAAUUGCAUGAAAUACCGCUAAAGAUACAUUUUUAAGUUAAUAAUAGAAAUAGAAGAGCAUACUUUUGUCAUUAAAAAAACAAACAUACAAGGACCCAGAUUUUUCACCUUUGUAUAAUAUUUAGUGGUGGAAUUUUUUAUUUUUACAAUAUAAGCUUUUACCAUAACAUACCUUUUUAUACUGGUUUAUUUUAAACCACUAAAUUAUGUCUAAUGAAUUAAAAUAUGAACAAUCUCUAUUGCCAUUUAAUUUAGAUACAAUAUCUUAUGCUUUUACAAUACGAUACUUCUCAAUUAUUUGGCGUUUUCUUUUUUUUUAGUUUUAAGUUUGUAAAUGAAAUAGUAUAAUCGAGAUCAACAAUUAGAAAAAAAAUUAAGAGCAGAUGGAAAUGUUUUGGCUUCGGAAUUACUCUAAAUUUUAACGUCUGAUUAAAAUUUGCAGAAUUAAGGAUUUAAUCAACUUUCCCUUUCAUUUUAGUCAGACCCUUAAAACCUAAUAAUCAACAUUCCACUAAAAGCAAAGACUAUUUUUUAGUUGCGAUUGUUACACUGACAUUUAUAUGAGACUUUUAUUAUAGAAUGUUAUAAAGCAAAGUUCAUCCAAUCCAGGUUCAAUUCAAUGGAUAGGGAUAUUUCUUUAACACUGCAGAUAGAGGAAUAGUUUAAUAUAUAAUCUUUAAAUGACUUUUAUAUCCUUUUCAGGUUCACUUAAAAUCCCAAUUUAUAUUAAAUGGUGUCUGUGUGAUGUUUCGAGGCUGGGUCGACUUGAAUAGCGUGAGGGGCAUUGGAUGCCUUGAAUUUGAUGAGGAAAGAGCAUUAGUAAGUAAUCCGUAACAUUACCCAUGUCAUCUUAAUGACAAACUUUCAUAAAGCUUCCACUUGCUUUGUCUUAUUUUAGUGGCAAAUUUCCUCUAUAAGUUUUACUGGCUGUCAUCAGUUAGUUGUAGACUGAGGGUUCUGGCGUAGUCACAGUACAUUAUAAUAAUUUUAUAAGUUUUAAUAAUCAGAUGUAUAAGUAUAAACUAAGAAAUACUGUGUUUAUUGAUUGCUCUGGUUUCAUUUAAAGAUUUAUUUUCAAAUAUUCCAUAAUGCAUUUUUGUAAAAAAAACAUUUUUUUUUUGGCUACUCAAUUUUUUUCGCUCUUAAUUUGUUAAUUACAAUUAUUAUUUUUUUAAAGAUAAAUAAUUGCAUUAAAGCUAAAUUAUAAUAAUGUGGUCUUUUCAAGCUGGAAAGUUUACCCAAAAAACUUACUCUUACCUAUUUAAUAUUAUUUUCUGUUAUUAUUUUCGUGCAGAAAAAUAGUAGAUUUAAUUAAUUGAAUAUAAGUGUACAUUUUUAGCAGGAUAAACUUCAAGAAAGCAAAAUUUAAUUUCAUGAACCCAUUUAUUGACUUAUUAUGUAAAAUGAUGUGACAAGAUAAGAAAACCAAAACAAAGUAGUUUAACUCUAGGCAACAUAAUUCAGUAUAAAAAGUGUACAACUAUUCAAAGCCUAUCUCUAGGUGCCACCUCAAGUUGCAUUUGAACAAGUUUUCUUGUUCAAAUGACCUAAUGAAGUUUAAAAUUUGUAGAUAAUUAAAUAUGAUACACAAAAUUUAAAAGUUAAUAAAUGAAUAAGGCUAAAUUUUAGUUUUGUUAACUGGGGCUAAAAAAGGUGUAACUUGCUGGAAACUUCUACAUUGAAUGCAUAUAUGAUAAAGCAUCAGUAAAAAUUGAUUUGUCCACAAGAUCACUCUUAUAUGUCAUUUUCCUCAAUCCACAAUCUUGAGUUGUUAUGUUUUCAAAACCAAAAGUUACAACCCUGCAUAGAGUUAUUGCCCUUUAUUUUGUCCAAUUAACUUAAGCUUUUUGUUGUUUACCCAGGAUUAAUCUAACAGAAUAUGUAUGCCAUUUCUUUGUGUGACACACAUUCAGACCAUCCUUGAAUCAUCAAAAAAAGCAGAGAACAAGGAGAAUUUUAGCCUUUUUGAUGAGGAAAUUUCUACUAAGGACAAAGACUUUUAGGACGGACAUUUGAACUGCUGCCAAGCUGUCUGGCAUUGCUCAUGCUCUUAGAAAAAACUCAAGAAACGCAUAAAGGGUUCUGUAAUUGCAACCCAUAUGUUAAAAUUUCUUAACCCCUGAAACCGUCUACUCUUUACAUGCACCAUGCCCUUUUUUUGAAGUGGGAUUACUGUACAAUUGUUCCCAGAAUGACAUGCCCACUUCACUCUGAAGAAAUAAAAAUCCCAUUCCUAGCCUUCCAUCUGCCAAGAUUUAUUUAAUUUUUUUUUGUUCAAAAACAAAUAUGGUCAUUAAAGAAUACAAAAAUACUUCUUUUAAAAAAAACAACAAAAAAAUAGGACAUGACAAAGACUCGGCCUGAAAGAAAAGCCCUAAGAAAGUUUCAGGGCCCAGACGCCGCAUGUGCAAGUGCUUGUCUUACAUAGCCCCUGUGAGCUCUGUUAUAUUCAUAGCUGAGUCCUGGGCCUCACAAGCAACUUGCACUUGUACCAGACAAUGAGGUGAAGAAAGACAAAGAGGGAAAAAAUCAAUAUUUAGUGGGGUACAUGCUUCAAGCUCAGCUGUCUUACAUUAUUUGCCAGCAUUCAUAAGACAGGCUUUUGAGAUUUAGCUGUGAGCAAAUGUCCUCCUCCCCCCCAACUCCUAACUGGCACAUGCUUCCUUCAAGAUGCCACUUUUCUUUUGCUUUUGGGCUCUGAUCCCCAACAAAGCUGGAACCAAUUAUAAAUGUGCUUUGUUCACACUCUGUUAAGAAGAGCAGCUGAUUAUGUGAUUUCUCCUUAAUAAUUCUCUUGAGUUUUUUUGUUGUUGAGAGGGGUGGGUUGCAACUCAACAAAGUGUACAUUGUCCAUGAACUCCUUCUGACUUGCUCAGCUGUUGGCUGCCAUCCAGAGGGUAUAAUAGUGCAGCGGGCGUGAUUUUCAUCACGUGUCCCACUUAUUUUAAUUACAGACAAAAGACCAGGUGAUUUACUCCGUUACACACUCCCUGUCCCUACUUGAUUCUGUUGUCGGACCGGGGGGGGGGGGGGGGGGGGGGCGCAGGGUGAUGCUCUCCCUAAACUGCCAGCACCUGGUCUAACAGAUACGGUCUAACAGAUAUGACCUCACAGAUUAUUGGCCCGGCACAUGCUGCAUGGAGGGCCCCCCAUAGUUUUAAUUAAAUUUUUACAUCCAUGUCAAGGCCCACCAAAAAAAAAAUGCUUCAAGAGGGAGCAGAUGCCAGAUGAGAUAAUAUGUGAACUGCUGUGUGCUGCGACCACUCAGCCAGGGCCAGUUUCCACACUCGUCAUCUCAGUCGCCGCUCGUCCUCAAUAGUCGUGCCUUAAUUUGUUUCCCAUUGCAGGUUGAAGAUGCGAUUCUCAGGGAGCAAGUGGAGCACAACAACAGAAGGGUCCAGGAGUUUGAGGACCGGCGCAUGCAGAGGCAGAGGUAGUUCAAUCAUUGCUAUGUAUCUCUUAACACUCUCAUGGAGACCACUCAUGCCACCCCCCCCCCCCGACCACUUGACCUUGUCCUUGUAACUGAUAGCACUACCAAUCCCUCCCUUGAUCUUUGCACCCUGUUACUAAAAAUCCUCAACACUAUUAUACUAGUGAACUCAGCAUACAAAUGUCAUGUCCUUAUGUCAAAAGAGAGCUGAAAACAAUUGUAUUCCUUUUUCCAAUGAAAACUAACAAUGCUACUAACAUUGAUUGUGUAUUGAAAAGUCAUAUUCCUCUUGAUAUGUCUUUCUUCAUUGGAUACAAUCAAUUCACAUUGAGAUAGUUACGGCUCUACAUUAUUUCACAGAGUGUCUGGACACGUUUGAAUGAAAUGAGCAGUUAAGAUUGAUGUCCAUCUUGCCACAAGUCAAUGGUCCCCAUUCGUUAGAUCUAUUAGCAUUGAACCUGCUGGCAUUUCAUUUCUGUCAGUCCAUUGGAAUAUGUAUUACAUAAAUGACGAGUUGUGUCGUCACAUGUCAAAAUCCACCAUUCUAAUGCAAUCCGUUGAUCUUAUUGAACUGUGAUUGUAUUUACCCGGCCCCCAACUGUCAUGAAUGGUCUCAUUCAUUAUUCACUCUUGCCUGUUGUAUCUCACUAUUAUGCUCGUUGUACAGUCA